UUUAUUUUUAAAUGGCGUCAGCAAAUGUAAGUGACAUUGUUAUUUUACUCACUGGAAAAUCUGGCAACGGUAAAAGUGCAACUGGCAAUGCCAUUUUAGGUAGAAAAUUCUUCCGUGGGAUGUCGUGCACAACCGAGACCAAGAGCAAACUAAUGUGCGAGAGCACGACCGUUAAUGGGGCACGAGUUACAGUUGUCGAUGGCCUUGACCUACCCAAAAGCCUUGUGAGCUGUGAUUGGUCUGAUGAGGACAAGGUGUUUGAGAUGACACAAGGCUUUAACGCUCUGGUCAUUGUGUUCAAGUACGGGAACAGGUUGAGCCAAGAUGACACCAACGUGAUACAGGCUGCUAAAGAAAUAUUUGGACCAAACGUGUUACGAGAUUUUGGAAUCAUUUUGUUUACCCAUGGAAAUGCUUUUGAAUUGGACGCCGAAGAAAAUCAAUCUUUUGAUGAUUGGCUUCAAGUCCAAACUGGGAUGUUGAGACAGCUCUACUAUGAAUGUAACAAGAGGUCUGUGUUGUUUGACAAUACGGAUAAAUCCAAAUUCUCAACUCAACUUGAUAAGUUAAUUAAACAUGCAAGUACGACGAAAUAUUCGAUGCAAGAGUACCAGCAAACGAUGGCAAAACGUGAAGCACUCAAGUGUGAACAAGAACUCAAGGGUGUGACAAAGAAAAAACUUUCGGACAUUAGGAAACAGCUGGAGCGUAUCGACAAAACAGGGGAUGUGUCCAGAGAAAUGAUUGAGUUGUCCGAUAUUGAACACGGUUUGAGAGAUCACGCGAAGUUAUUGUCGGAAAAACUCGGACACCAUUCCACCACUUCAGAGUUUUUGAGAACAGAAGUCGAUGUAUUACUGCAAGAGAUCGUAUCAAGAAAAAGAAAAUUGGAAAUUAAGGACUCACCUGUCAUGCGCAAAACUUUAGAAGGAGUUAAAUCUAUAAACAAACCCAAUGAAAACAAAGACAAUUUUAAAGUAGACGACAUUAUCAAAACCAUGAAUGGAAUCAUUGAUGAUACUUACGCUAACACAUUGCUGGAGCUUGAACAUCUGAAGCGGACGUGCCCGAGUGAGAAAAGCAACGCGUAUAUUUGUGAAGCUAUAGAGAUGAUUCAAAAGAAACGGGGUCAACACAGAGAGUUGGAAACUGUAUCUGAUUCUACACAGCAGACCGUAAAACCGAUGAAAGACGCAGCUCUUUUGUGUCAAUCUGAGAAAACGCAUUUCAUGUUGAAAGAGGAAAAAGAGUUUCGUGCUUACAGAGCUAUCAGCAACAAUGUAAACUUGCUUUUGUUCGGUGAAAUCGGCAGUGGCAAAAGUGCAACAGGCAACACUAUAAUCGGGGGACGUGUUUUUAAAUCUUCACCAAGCACGAGACCAGUUACCACUGAGGUAACAAAAGCUGUGAAAAUAAUUGAGGAAAAAACAAUUACAGUUAUAGAUUGCCCAGGCCUAGAGAUAUCAACUAAACUUUCUCACAGAAAUGUUGAAGCUUUAAUUGAAAUUGUGCAAAGAGCCAUAGAUAUAAGUAGCUAUAGCAUUUCGGGAAUUUUGAUAAUUAUGAAAUACGGAGAUAGAUGCAAACAACAUGUGUUAUAUACUAUUGAAAUUUUGAAAGCUAUUUUAGGCCCAGAAGUUUUGAGGAAGCUUGGCGUGUGUGUCGUGACACAUGGAGAUCAGUUUGAAUCACAAACAAUGGAGGAAUCUGGAGGCACCAAGAACUUCGAAGAAUGGUGUAGGAAUCAAACUGGAGAGAUGGCUUCGAUUUUCAGAGAAUGCGAGUUCAGAUGUGUUCUCUUCAACAAUAAAACUAAGGAUGAAGGGACUAAACAUAAACAAGUUGAAAAACUAUUGUCUUUUAUGAAAGUUGAGUUAAAAAUAUCGAAAGAUGAUUUCUUGUCUACGGACAAGAAUCGGAUGCAAAAGCUGAUUGAUUGCGUUCUACCUACAAUCAAGACAAGAACAGAGAAUUUUAUAACAACCGUUCGAACAAGAUUGAUCAGUGUAAAAUCAUCCACAGGCUCCAAUCACCCUCUGGACAUUUCAGAAAUAGAGUUACAAAUGAAGAUAAUCGAAGAUUUAAAGAAUGACCUACGACAAAUAAGUGCAUAUACAACCUCGGUUAAUGACUUAGUAGGUAGCAUCAGCACUUUAGAAAAAGAAAUGAAGAGGCAAGUAAAAAGCCUUCACGUAAACAUCGGAAAAACUACGUACAUGCAAAGGUCUCAGUCCAUGUACGAACCACGUGAAAAAAUGAAAUAUCCGAUGCUUUCAAAGAAACCCCGUAUCUUCGACAAGUCGACCCUUCCAGAAUCUUCCUGUCGUCAGAAAAACCAUUAUAGCAAACUGCCAACUACAGAUACAAGCAAGGACAUAGCAGCAGCCUGCUCACAAGGCAACUUAUUCAAAGAAUUCAUUGAAAUUAUAAAGCCCUUUUUUAGUUUCGGGCAUACCACAAUGGCAGUCUAUCUGUCUUGGGAAACUUUGGGGAAACGAAACCUCGAUCUUCUACUCAUCGGUAAAACCGGAAACGGAAAAAGUGCACUAGGUAAUCAUAUUAUCGGUCGAAAAACGUUUAAAUCAACGGCUAGUACCACCUCUGUGACCCAGCUAAUAAAACACGAUUUCGUGUUUUACAAAGGUAGAAACAUCAAGAUUGUUGACACACCUGGAGUCUGCGAUACCGGACUCAACGAGAAGAAAGACCAGGAAAAAGUAACACAAGCGCUGCUGGAGCAAUUCGGUGAUGCUGUAAAACUACACCCGAAAGGCUACCAUGCAUUUAUUUUGGUGGUUAAAUUCGGAGGGAGGUUCACUGAAGAAGACGUAAACUCGGUCAAGUUUUUAAAAAAAACUUUUGGAAAAGAUUUUGUCCGAAAUUUUUGCAUCCUCGUUUUGACCUGCGGCGAUCAAUUUGAUAAUUUUGCAAGUGAAGAAAAAACAACAUUUAAAGACUGGUGGAAAGAACAGGAUGGGAUCUUCAGGUUCCUCAUUGAGGAGUGUGGCGAGAGAAUUGUUCUGUUUGAUAACACAACAAAAGAUCGAAAGAAGAGAGAAAAACAGAUGGAUGAGUUGAUAGUCUUUGUGGAUAGUUUGAGAGAGAAAGGGCGGAGGUAUAAUGAAAAGUAUUUCGAUAGAGCUGUGAAGUCUAGAGAAAAGCUGAUUGUUGAGAGCCGGGUGGCAGUUGUUGAAGAGGACACACAGAGACAGACAAGCUACAUUCUGCAAAUACUAAACGAAAUAAGUUCUUUGGAUCCUGAGGAAAAAAUUCCGCAAUUGAAACUACUGCACCAACAAUCGAAAAAUCUAUUUGAUUUUAUCAAGCAACAAGAUGAAGGAACAGGUAAACUUCAGAAAUAUUUGGAAACGGUCCAAUGUCUACAGCACACUAUUGAACUGGACUUAAAUAGUUCUGAAAAAGUAGCAGAAUCUAAGGCGCUGUUCGAAAUGGAGAACCUGGCAAUAGAAACUCAAAACAAAGCACAAUUGAAGUUAAUUGAAGAGAACAAAAAGCGGGCUGCCGAGGAGUACAAGCUAAAGCUGGAGCAGGAGAGACAACUGCGAGAGAAAGCUGAACAGCUGUACCUGGCUGAACGGGAUCGGAUGGUGGCUGUAGAAUCUAAAGCUAACGCCGAUUCUAGCUGGUGCACUAUUAUGGCAACACCAGAACUAAAUAUCCUUCUCGUUGGUAAAGCUGGAACCGGGAAAAGUGCAACAGCUAACUCCAUUCUUGGCUUCAAGGCUUUCAAAACUUCCAGCAGCUUUAGCUCUGUCAGAUCGGAGCUUCAAAGUGAAUCAGCAUCUAUUAAUAACAGAAAAAUCACUGUCGUUGAAGUACCAUCCGCCGGAAGUUCUAAGCGCACGGUUGAAGAAGAUGCUAGACAAGCCGUUGAGAAUCUUCAGGCAGCAAUGAGGAUGACACCAAAAGGUUAUGACGUUGUACUUCUUGUCGUCAGAUACGGCGGUCGCUUCACGGAAGAGGACGUCAGUAUUCUCAAUAAUCUAAAGCAAAUACUGGGAAGAGAUUUUAUCAGGGACGUCUGCAUUCUUGUUUUAACUGGUGGGGAUGAUUUUGACCGAGAUAAUGAAGGCGAGGAUCAAACGUUUCCGGAAUGGUGCAGUGAACAGAUCGGUGGUUUUGCGACCUUAAGUGAGGAGUGCGGUAGAAGAGUUCUGCUGUUCGACAACAUGACACAAGACAUUGACAAGACAGGAAAACAAAGAGCAUCCCUCUUAAAGAUGGUAGACAGCCUGUCAAAGCUUGGCGCUAGGUAUGAUGCGGAGAGCUUCCAGCGAGGUAAAGCUUCAAGAGAUGUCUUCAUCACUCAAGCAGGAUUCCAAAAUAACAUCCAUGAUGCCAUGAAAUUUGUUGGUACCGUUAACGAUACCUUAGCAUUGCUCAGUAACGACAAAAAUAAAGAUGGUAUUUAUAGAUUAAGAGAUUUGAAAAUCCAGGCCGAAAACAAAAUAAAACUACUUGCCGAGAAAAAUAAUGAGACAGGUGUAUAUGACGACGUGCUGACUAUUUUGAGAAACACGGAUGGAAAAAUUGAAGAGCGAAUUAAACAGUUGAAAAACGAAACUGAUGAUCAACUUCAACAUAAUAAACUGAACGAUGGAGUGGUUCAGGCUAUUGACAGAAAACCCACAUUGUUGAAAACAGAAAAACAAGCAGAAAAUAGAAGAAAUACACGCUGGUGGAGUAGAGUACGUAGUUAUAUUGCAAGAAGUUGCAAUAUACUUUAACAAAUACAAUGAGUGUUUUAUAUUCAUGCCAAAUGAAUAGAAAUUAAAUAUAUGCUUAACACAAAAAACACUCAACAUGAACAUGAAUAUCCACUUAUAUAUUUAAAGGUAAUUAUUGAAAUAGUUUACCUAGAAUACAUUUUUUUUUAUUCUGCUCAAAUAUCUCCUACAUUUAAUCCAGUAUUUUUAAGUUACUAUUAUUUUAAAUACAGUGUCAACAUUCACCGUAGGCCUAAAUGUAUUAUAGCAAUCAUAUGCAAUUACAUUUUCAUCAGUUUGUACAUGAUAUUACAAAUACCGUACAAUUUUAAAAACAUUUUUUGGCACUAUCUAAAAUAGCAACAACAAAAACACAUCAAAGUUGUAAAAACCAAAAGCUAUUCAAAAAGUGCUAUAAAAUGCUAUAAAUGUCUACAAUCUCGUCUCAAAAAAAAACUAAUGGUGAGAAUUAAGGGAAGAUAAAAUAUAGUUACUUUUUUUUUAAUUCCUUUAGUUAUGCACUUAUUCUGUUUUUGCAUUUGUAUCACUGUAUAAAAACGAAUAUGUUCUUUCUUUAUUUGUUGAAGCAUUUGCAAUAUUUGAUAAUUUGUCAAAUUAAACAGAGCUGUGUGUCUUUUUAGUCUCAACUAUGGGCAUGAUUGUGCCAGUGUACAUUAUUGUAUCGCAGCAGGUCUUCAAGCACAGUUAUUUUACUUUCUUAAACAUAGUUAAUUUAGACUGUAGCCCAGAGAUUUUUUUAUUGCCUAUAGAGCUUUUCAACCUUAUGUGUAUCUACCAAAAGAAAUACUAUUAAAAAUAUUUACCACUUAACGUUGUGUCUUCCUACUUCUAAUAAACAAUAAACAUACCAGUAGCAUUAGUUAGAUAUAGGAAUAUGUAA